UUGGUCAUCGGGAAAGGCCGUCCUCGCCAGAAAUCUUGCUCUAACUUCAGUCUCGUCCUUUGACCCGGCUUUUAACCCCCGCUUCGGAAUCAAUCUGCACCCAGGUCCAGGGAACCGAAAUUUCUAUUCCGGAAAGGUUCCGACUCGGCAAGCGGAAGUGAACCGCAGCUCGUCUCCGUCUCUUCCGAGGGAAAAGGAUUUCCGCCGUUGGAGUCCGGCUUGGCGACCCAUCGCCCCACGGACCUGGCCAUCCUGGCGCUUGCUGAUUAAAGAGAAAUGAAUAUCGUCAUUUUCCACUUUGAUACAUAAGUUUCCCUGACGUGUCCUUGGAGUCACAGAAGAAUUUGUUUAUACAUUUUACCAUUAGUCAAAGGAUGGACAUUACCAAUUUGUCCUGUGGAAGUCUGCUUUCUGGGGACCAAGUCUGCAGUCAAGGGAAAGAAACAGAGGGAGAAAGCAUACUGGUUGAUUGCCUGAAAAGCUCUAAUAAGGAUGGUGCUGUGGAUUUCACUCAAGAGGAGUGUACUACAAAGGAUCCAACUCAGAACAUCAUACCCAGUGAUGUGACAGUGGAGGACUAUAAAAACCUGGCCUCUGUAGGAUGUCAGACACUUACCAAACCCAGUGCUUUGACUUGUUUGAAAGAAGAAUUGGUGAGCACACAGAGAGGAGUUCUUCAAGAAUUGGAAAAACAACUACAAACCAAAGAUUUAGCACUAGAGCAGGAUUUUUUGACAAGACAUACCUUCAUGGAGACUCAGCAGGUGGAUGCAGUGACCUUUGAAGAUGUGGCUGUGGACUUUACCCAGGAAGAGUGGACUUCACUGGAUCCUAUUCAGAGAAAUCUCUACAGAGAUGUGAUGCUGGAGAACUACCAGAACCUGGCCACAGUAGGAGGUCAGUUGUUCAAACCUAGCCUGAUCUCUUGGUUGGAGCGGAAAGUAGAGUUGACAAUAAUGGAGCAAGGAAUUCUCCAAGAAUGGGAAAUGCACCUUAAGACAAAAGGGACAGCACUUCAGCAGGAUAUAUUUUGGUCAGAUGUGUCAAAUGGAAUGCAACUGGGAAGAGAACACAAUAGAGGGGUGCUUGGUGACUCUAUACAAGUUGGAACAGUUUUCAGUGAAGAUUCAUGCCCUGAGACUCACAUAAGUACUUCAAAUACAGAGAACACUUCAGAGUGUAAUUUGUAUGGAAAAGACUUUGUGCCACCACUUAAAGAAAAUUCUACCGAAGAGAACAUUCUUCAGUUGAACCAGUGUGUAAAACCCUUCACUGUGACUCCAGAUGUUUCCCAGAAAAUGUGCACUGUGGAAAAAUCCUUUGAGUGCUGUGAAUGUGGGAAAACUUUCGUUAAUCAGUUAGAACUGCAGGCACAUAGUUCUUCUCAUAGUGAAAAGAAUCUUCACAAAUCAGAGCAGUGUGAGCAAGCUUUUACUCAUCCUAUAAGCCAUGACGAUCAUGUUGUAAUUCCCACUGAAAAAAAAUACUAUGAAUGUAAGAAGUGUGAAAAAAUCUUUACACAUCCUGUCUACCUUAAUAUCCAUAUGCAAAGCCACACCUUGGAGAAACCCUACGACUGUAAGGAAUGUGGGAAAGCCUUCACUGAGCGCUCAAGCUUAAUUGUGCAUCUACGACAACACACGCGAGAGAAGUCUUAUGAGUGCAAGGAAUGUGGGAAAACCUUUAUUCAACCCUCACGCCUUACAGAACAUAUGAGAAGUCAUACAGGAGAGAAACCAUAUCAAUGUGACCAGUGUGGGAAUGCCUUUGCAUCUUCUUCUUACCUUACUACGCAUUUGAGAACUCAUACUGGAGAGAAGCCCUUUGAGUGUAACAUAUGUGGGAAGGCAUUUACACGUUCUUCUUACCUGUUAGGUCACAUACGAACUCACACAGGAGAAAAACCCUAUGAAUGUAAAGUAUGUGGGAAAGCGUUCAGUGGCCGUUCUUGGCUUACGAUACACUUACGAAAACAUACUGGGGAGAGGCCCUAUCCAUGUACAGAAUGUGAGAAAGCCUUCACCAGCUUUGCUCAACUAACUGAACAUAUAAAAACUCACACUGGUGAGAAGCCCUUUCGGUGUAAGGUAUGUGCAAGGACCUUCAGAAAUUCCUCAUGCCUUAAGACCCACUUUCGAAUUCACACUGGAAUAAAACCAUACAAAUGUAAUUACUGUGGGAAAGACUUCACAGCACGUUCAGGCCUUACUAAGCAUGUACUAAUUCACAAUGGUGAGAAACCCUAUGAGUGUAAGGAGUGUGGGAAAGCCUUCAGUACAUCCUCUGGUCUUGUUGAACAUAUAAGAAUUCAUACAGGAGAGAAGCCCUUUGAAUGUUACCAGUGUGGGAAAGCCUUGGCUCAUUCCUCAUCUCUUGUUGGACAUUUAAGAACUCACACAGGAGAGAAACCCUUUGAGUGUAAUCAGUGUGACAAAACAUUUACACGAUCUUCUUAUCUUCGUAUUCAUAUGCGAACUCACACCGGAGAGAAACCAUAUGAAUGUAAAGAAUGUGGGAAAACUUUCCCUGAGCGCUCAUGCCUUACUAAACACAUAAGAACACAUACUGGUGAGAGGCCCUAUGAAUGUAAGGAAUGUGGGAAAGGCUUUAUUAGUUUUGCUCAACUUACUGUACACAUGAAAACUCACAGUUCUGAGAGACCUUUUCAGUGUAAGGUGUGCACAAAAUCCUUUAGAAACUCUUCAUCCCUUGAGACCCACUUUCGAAUUCACACUGGAGUAAAACCCUAUAAAUGCACUUACUGUGGGAAAGACUUCACUGCUCGUUCAGGCCUUACUAUACAUUUACGAAAUCACACUGGCGAAAAGUCCUAUGCAUGCCAAGAAUGUGGAAAAGCCUUUAGCACUUCCUCAGGCCUUAUUGCACAUAUAAGAAGUCACAAAGGAGAGAAACCCUUUGAAUGUGACCACUGUGGGAAAGCCUUUGCUUCUUCCUCUUAUCUUAAUGUGCAUUUGAAAAUUCACACUGGAGAAAAGCCGUUUCAGUGUACUGUAUGUGGAAAAACAUUUACAUGUUCUUCUUAUCUUCCCGUUCAUAUGCGAACUCACACUGGAGAGAAGCCUUUUCAGUGUAUAAUAUGUGGAAAGUCAUUUUUAUGGUCCUCGUACCUUCGAGUUCACAUGCGAAUUCACACUGGAGAGAAACCCUAUGUAUGCCAGUACUGUGGAAAAGCCUUUACAGAGCACUCAGGCCUUAAUAAACAUUUACGGAAACAUGCAGGAGAGAAACCAUAUGAAUAUAAGGAAUGCGGGGAAGCCUUCACUACUUCUGCUGAUGCUAAUAAACAUGAAAAUCCCCAUUGGGGGGAAAAUCUUUGAAUGUAAGGAAUUCAGAAAAUUGUUCUGGAGGCCCUUGAUCAAUCUUUUGCAAUCAGAAUUUGGUCUAUACAAGUUUUAUUAAUAUAAUAAGCAAUGUAUGAAAGCA